GUUAUCAAAAUACCAUGUCUGCCGGUCUUUCGCUGUACUUUGACGCAAUGAGCCAACCGAGCCGCGCAGUGCUCAUUCUGCUGCGCGCCAACAACCUGCCGUUCACGCCCAAGAUUAUCAACGUCGUCAAGGGCGAUCAGUACAAGCCAGAGUUCAAGAAGAUCAACCCGAACAAGAAAAUCCCAGUCAUCGAUGACAAUGGCUUUGUCCUAUUCGAAAGCCAUGCAAUCUUGAGGUACCUGUGCAACAAGUACAAUCUUCCCGAUCAUUGGUAUCCCAAGGACCCACAGAAGCGCGCCCUGGUGGACCAGUACCUUGAUUGGCAUCACACGUACACGCGCACGGCGGCGCAUCAUUUCCGCGAAAAGUACAUGGCACCGCGCUUUGGCAUCCAGAUUGACGAAAAGUCCUCGGCAGAAUCGUUCAAGACCUUCCAGUUUGCGCUCAAGCAGCUUGACACCAACUUCCUCCAGUCCAACCGCUUCAUCAUUGGCGGCGACAAGCCCUCCAUUGCAGACAUUUCUGCCGUGUGCGAGCUCAUUCAGCUCCAGAUGGUGCGCUUUGACUUUUCGCCGUUCGCCAAUGUGGACAAGUGGAUGAAGGAUGUCGCCGCCAGCGUCCCGGCCUUUGACGAAGUCCACAAGAUCUUUUAUUCCGUCCGCGAUCGCGAACUUGCUGGACUCUCCACAGCGCCCAAGGCCAAGCUUUAAACGCCCCACCCACCCAUCCAGAAUAAUGCUGUCACUCUUGUUGAUCAUCCGUGCAAAAAUGAAUCCAUGUAUUCUCUCGCUUGUACAGCGAGCAACAAGAACAACAACAACAACAACAAAAGUACAUCAACACACUUUAACAAAACAAUGCUUGUAUUCGGAACGACAAAAUGCUUCAACC